AUGUCCAAGCCGUUGACUGAAGCGGAUAUUAUAUUCCCGCAUCUCUCUAAUACGCCAAACUUAUCAAGUACCCUCUCAUCGUUGCGCCGUUCAACGCUCUCAACACACAACCGGCUCGCCUCAAUAAUAUCCGACAGUGCUUUUGUCGAAUCUGUUGCAUUCGCCUAUGGCCUUCCUCUGGUAGCAAACGAGCGCUGUGGUAGUUGGUACAUUCCGCCAUAUCUGAAGUCCGGAUCCGUCUACUUUAAAAGCACAGACGGCCAUAUGGGCGAGUGGAGUUUCAGUCUGCGAAGGCUAAAUUUGCAGUUAUUCGAUGUGGUAGAGAAAUGGGGAGGUGCAGUUGUAGUGGAUAGCACCAGGAGGGGAAAGAGUAUGCCGGAUGCAUUGAGUAAGACGAUUCCAAUGUGGUGUUGCGUGAUGAAUCGAGCGGUGUUUGGUGGGGAGAAGGUAGAGGCAGAGAUGAGGCUUUUUACACCACCGCAAGCUGUGGGGGAGAGCGAGCAUGCGCAGAUGGAGAAGAGAAUUGAUGGCUUUGUACAACAAUUUUUGGACAUUUGCAAACCCAAUAUCCCACUUCUCCGUAGUAAGCUGAAAAAGCCACUCCGACCUAUAUGGAUAACGCAAAAAUCUUCUCUUCCGGAUUCAGCUCCCUCUUUUCCAGACUUUCAUCUCAUAGUCCUCUGCACAGCGUCACGGCGUGUUCAUGGCGCCGAGGCAUCAGAAAGCGGAUAUAUUCAGGGCGCUGCAGACGACCACGAGGCCUGGUCACACGGACUUACACCGUCACUCUUCUGGGAAAACAAGGAUAUUUUGAUGAGGGUGAACGAAGAAGAUGCUCCAGAGGUCAUUGCAAAGCUCAUUAAAGAACAAAAAUGUGGUGGUGCAAUUGCGAGUUUGAUCAAGCCUACAUCACAGCUAUACAUCUCAUCCAGCGAAGACGUACAACUGGCGGGUUUUGAAACUGUAAUCAGCUGCACACCCGAGCCGUUUUCAAAUUCAGCACUCAAAGAUGCGGGAGUAAAACGCUACCUUAAUCUGAAAUGCCAGACUGGUAAGCUGGGGUCACGCGACCUUCGCACUCAGCUUCCUCAUCUCAUACCGUUCUUCUCUUCUCUUCAAACUUCCAAAACACAAAACAAAAUACUAGUAUGUUGUCCAACAGGCAAAGAUCUUUCCGUUGGAGCUGCACUGGCGAUAUUAUGUCUUUACACAGACGAAAGCGGAGCAAUCAAUACAGGGAAAGCGAAAGAAGCCAAGGGCAUGGAUAAAUCAUUCAUCAAGCAGAGAAUGAGCUGGAUCACCACGAGUAACGCAGCUCUAAACCCAAGUCGAGCAACACUACAAAGCGUCAACGCCAUGUUACUCUCGAGUCAAGACCCAAAAGCCUCUCUCCCCACACAACCAACGGCGAACCUUCCAAUCCGCAAAACCAGACCAUUACCCUUUGAACCCCCAAACCCGACGCCCCAGGACCCAGUUCCCGAACCCCCACUCGCCAGUCCCAGAUCCAUCUUCACCGCCCUCGCCACCACCUCAACCUGGAAAUUCACCCGUAACCUCACCUCCAAACUCCCCAGCCACCCUUCUGGUACCGUAGCCGGCACUGCGACAUUUACCGCUAUGCCGCAUUCCCCUUCUAUCCCCAUACCAACCCUUCUCUACGCCGAAGAAGGCACAUUCAGCACAACCACCGGCCUAAGCUUCACCGCGCGCAGGAAAUACGUGUACCAGCUAUGCCCUGGUUCUACGCCUGCAGACACCGAGUUCAUCGCCGUACGCUUCUUCGACGACGACAAGAUGCGCGAGGCGCGGCAGGAGGGUGGGGUAGGAAGUGAUGGGCAGGGAGUUGGGGGGUUGUUUGUUGAGAUGGGGGAGCUGCAGGCGGGCGAGGGGGAGAAGGUGGUUAGAGCGAAGAAUAGGGAGACCCAUCUUUGUGGAAGGGAUUUGUAUGCUGCAACGUGGGCUUUUGCGAGGGAUGUGACGCUGGAGAGCGAGGCGAAGCGGGAGGGGGAGGGGGAGGUCUGGUGGGAGGUCGAGUACGAUGUCAAGGGGCCGCAAAAGGAUUAUACGAGUGUGACGAGGUAUACACAAGUGGUGGAGUAG